AUGGACUUUGUUCAGACACUGGACCCAUCCAAACUUGUAUUGGCAGGAACCGGUCUUUCCUUCGUUCUUUCCAUCGCCGCAACCCCACCCUACAAUCUUGCGAUAUUCCUCUUUGGAUGCUAUGCUCAAGAAGCUGCCGAGGGAUCUCAGUCGUUGCAAACAUUUACGGGACUCCUUGGUGUCUCGACUAUCUUUGACGUAGUGUGGAUGAUCAAGAACGAGCAAGCUGGUUUCUUCAAAUUCCUCACCGUUGUUCUCCUCUUACUCAAAUUGCCCACGUUCUUUGCCUUUGCCAACGCUCUUCGUCAACGUGGAGGACAAUUCAGUGGUCUGGGUGCUGCCAAUUUGGGAGGUCCUACUGUAUGGUCGAUGCCCGGUGGCUUCACCUCAAACGGCAGAGAAGGCUACCAAACCGUGGAUGAUGAUACAUUUGUCCGCAAUAUUCGCACUGCUCCGUCUGUGCCGCAUAAAUCUGCCCAAUCCGCGGAGGCUCCUGCAGCACCAGGUGCAUAUCAAUCUGUAUAA